AUGGGUUCAGCAUCACAUCCUGACGCAGAUAUCUAUCCGGAGGCAACAGGCCCUGCGGCCAAGAUUGUUGCGGCACAUCAGAAGGACGAGCCCAUCACUCUAUAUUCGGGAUGGUUUUGCCCCUUCGUGCAGAGAGCCUGGAUCACGCUUGAAGAGAAGAAGAUUCCGUACAAGUAUGUCGAGAUCAAUCCGUAUCGGAAGGAACCAAGUUUCCUCAAGCUCAACCCGCGAGGCUUGGUCCCCACACUCGGCUGCCCUCAAGAGGAUGGAUCAACCAAGCCAUUGAUCGAAUCUAACAUCAUCUGCGAAUAUCUUGACGAGAUGUUUCCAAACCAGACACCCCUGUGGCCACGCGAUCCUUACAAAAAAGCAGUAGCCAUCGAUGCACUUCAGUUUGGUCUCAAGGUCUCACAGCAACACAGGUUCCUGCAGCAUACAGAGAAAAGCCCGUACACCUUGGAGAAAGCCCGCGCGGAGCUUCUAAACGGCCUCAAGACGUGGAUCUCCAGCGCCGAUCCUGAAGGGCCUUAUUUCAUGGGCAAAGACUUCACCUUCGCCGACGUGGCUCUCGCCCCGUGGGCGGUCAGGAUGUGGGUGCUCGACCACUUCAAGGGCGGGCUGGGAAUUCCUCCUCCGGGCCAGGGCGGAGAGGAUGAAGAACUGUGGAAUCGGUGGCGGAAAUGGAAUGAUGUCGUGACGUCAAGGAAGUCGGUGACCGAGACGCUGAGCGAUCAGGAACACUACAUGCCUAUCUAUCAGCGAUAUGCGGAAGACCGGGCGAUGAGUGAGAUGGCCAAAGCGACUCGGGAAGGCAGAGGAGUGCCCUGA